GCGUCCCUAGAAACAUCUCAGAACGAGUGUUUCACUGCCUUCUUCGUUUGGUGCCGUUCAUAAACAAAUCUCUCAAAGUGCUCGAAGUAUUACAUUUUCUGUUGUCUUCCUCUCGCCCAAUUAUCCGGACUCGUGACAUCGGAAGCAUCGAGGGAAUCGUGUCGUCGGAACAGAGAUGCGCGCCAAGGCAACGUAGCUUCCUCCGCCGCCGCCGGCCGCCAUGUCCACGUCGGAGGUGCUCGGCAACGACGACCUUCUCGGCGAAAUCCUCAUCCGCCUGGUCUCCCCCACCAGCCUCGUCCGCGCCGCUCUAGUGUCCAAGCGAUGGCUCCGCGGCACCUCCGGCCAAACCUUCCUCCGCUGCUUCCGCGCGCUCCACCCGCCCCGCCUCCUCGGCUUCUACAUCUCCGGCGACGGCUUCCCGCGCCCAGAGUUCGUCCCGACGCCGACGCCUCAGCCUUCGGAGGCCGCCGCAGUUCAUCGCGCCAACUUCGGGUUCGACGCCUUCGCCGAGUUCUCGUCGAGCGUCUGGGACUGCCGAAAUGGCCGCGUCCUCUUCGAAUUCGCCGAAUGCUUCAUCCUCGUCCGUUGCCCCGCUGUGCGCGCCCCACUGCGGUACCCUGACCAAGACAUGUCCCUGCUCCCGCCGCAGCCGUCGACCUGGCCCGAGUCCCCCCACGCCAUGCUCCUCCCUGACGACGGCGGCGACGACGCCUCGUGCUACCGUGUGGACAUCCACCAAUGGGGCCAGACGUCCUGCGCGCAGGUAUCUGUCCUGCGGUCCGGCGCCUGGACUGUCCACUGCUCCGCCUGGGCUAAGCUCGCUAGUACGCUGGACAGGCCCAUGAUAACUCUUCUCGCCGGCGGCAAGCUCUACAUGGUGACUGUGGCAGGGUACAUCCUCGGGCUGGACCUGGCUUCCGCGAGCCUCUUCACCGUGGAGCUCCCGGAAGGCGUGGCGUACGACUAUUACGGCAACCUUGUCCCCUGCCGGGGAGACGACUCUGUACUCUACCUCUUCCAUGUGAAGGGAGAUCAGCUCAGCGUCUGGCUCUGCAGAAUGGACGACCGCGGCGGCGCCGGCACCGGCGGGUGGGUACUCAGGGAGACCAUCUCCGUGAGCAAGAUUUGCGGUGAUCUCUUAAAGCAGGGAUCGGAACCGGCGGAUGGUGACACAUCCACUGAUGUGGUCGGCGUUGGGGAUAACGCUGAGUUCGUGUUCUUGGAGCUGAGUCCCCAUGGCGUCGUCGUUUACUUGCAUCUUGGGACCAGAAAGGUGGAGAAGGUGCAUCAAAGGGACCCGGACAACGAUCACAUCAUACGUGUUCAUCCAUUCUUCAUGGUCUGGCCUCCCGUCUUCCCAGCGCUAGAUGCUCAAGAGGGUGAAGCAGUGCACCAAGAGUGAUCAUGGCGCUGGAACAAGGUUUGCCAUCGGAGGCCGCGCCGUGCCGCAGUUGCGUGAUCCUAUAUGUGUACUUUGUCUUGAACUGAAUGAAAUCGUUGAGAAACUGAUGAUG